ACUGCCUCCUCCUCCUUCUCCUUCUCCUCCUCUCCCCUGCUCGUACUCCUGAGAUAUUUUACUUUCUUCUUCUCACGACUUAAUCACUCGAAUCAUAAUUUUAUCAGGUAUUACUUCAACUUCUUGUUCAACGAGAUCCAUCAAAAGCAUCAAUUUUAUCGAUGAAGAAGAUUCGACGAAGAUCAUCAACAACAUUAAACGAAGAUUCAUCAACAAAAAAUGAAUCGAAAGAUGGAGUUGGAUUAUUGCUUGGAUACGGGUGAUAAAAGAUACACAGUUUACCCAAUAAUGUAUUUGGCUCCUAAAAUCAGUGGAAAGUCGCCAAAGGGAAUGGUGAAUGUGCCAACUAUCAUUGUAAAGGUGAAACAUAGUACUAUUGGGGAAAAGGUUGUUGCUGCAGCACUAAUUCCAACACAUGGAAUGGCAGCUCCUAAUAGCAACAAUGCUUCUGCAGAUGGCAACAUCAUGGAAGAAGGUCACGACAAAGUGGCCUCCAGAAACCGCACAAAGGCCUGUCCUUGAGGCUGACUUUUCUCGAUGAAACCAGUAUACGGGUAAAUUCUAAAUAUUUUACUCGUAUCCACUUGCAUUUUAAGGAUGCUUUUCUUGAUGUGAUACAUGUUAGGCUUAUAAUACGAGCUCCUCGGAUGCCAUACAUUCACAACUCUUCACCGCAAACAUUACAGGGUUAGGUUUCAGCUUCGUAGGAGUUAGUUUGACAGUUCAUGAAUGAAAAAGUAUCUAUCAAGAGGUGAGUUUGAGUGCAAUUUUAUUUCAUUCUAUUAAAAGGUGUUCAUAUUUGU